AAAAAACCCUUCGCCUUCAAUUUAUCUUCGCUUUCAAUUUCUAGGGUUUUUAAUCCUCUUUCAAAUUUCAGGUACCGGCCCUCUUACAACGUUGCGCCAGGAGCUUAUCUCCCAGUCUUUCGGCUUCAGAGAUCACCGGCGACGUCCUCCUGUGUAGGGGAGGCGGCCGGCGGCGGGAAGUGGGUCCUCGUUCCGAGCUUCACCAAGAAGAUGGAGAAGCCCGAUCACUAUCGAAUGUUCAAUGCUAGGUCUGAAUCGAUUCGGGAGAAAGCGUCUUUCCGUCGGCUCCUUCCGAAGAACAGGUGUCUAGUGGCAGUCGAAGGGUUCUAUGAAUGGAAAAAAGAUGGAUCAAAGAAGCAGCCAUAUUAUAUCCAUUUUAAAGACAACCGGCCUCUUGUGUUUGCUGCUCUAUAUGAUUCUUGGGAAAAUUCAGAAGGAGAGGUUCUUCACACCUUCACAAUUCUAACAACUCGUUCUUCUUCAGCUUUGGAAUGGCUUCAUGAUAGAAUGCCUGUAAUCUUAAGAGACACUGGUUCAAUUGAUCUCUGGUUAAAUGAUUCCAUGGCCAAACAUGAAACAGUCCUUGGGCCUUGUGAAGAUCUUGAUCUAGUUUGGUAUCCCGUGACGCCUGCAAUGGGUAAACCAUCCUUUGAUGGGCCUGGAUGUAGUAAAGAGAUACAGCUGAAAGCUUCCGGUGAAAAACCGUUAUCAACGUUCUUCACAAAGAAAUCUGAAGUUAAAUGCGAACCAGAGCCUGAAUUACUGAAAUCAUCCAAACAAGAACAUGAUCCCUGCAAUUUGAAGGAAGAACCAGGUUCAGAUGAUGUUGAGCAAAAAGUCACCGACGAGGAGGAGGAUAGCAAAAAGCCUGAAAUUUCUUAUGUCAAAAGAGGAUUGGAGGAAAUGGAGAACCCUUCUCAACCGAAGCACGAGAAUUUACAAAGCAACCAAACAAGUCCAGUGAAGAAGAAGGUGAAAAGCGUAAAGAAUACAGAUGAUAAGCAAUCAUCUCUGCUUUCUUAUUUUGGGAGAAGUUAGGGCAGUCUCUUAUAGUAGCUCGUUUUGCGCAUGUAAUUAUAUGUGAUGCUUUGCAUUUUCCAUUAAAACACACUUUGCCUUUUGUUUUGGAGAAUACCAAACAUGUUAAGUAGAUCUCUGUUUCAGUCAAAAAAUGAGGUGAACUUUUCUUUUCUUCUUGUCA